AGUUCCUACCAGGUCCGGUAUCGGAUAAAGCCAGUUGGCUACCCAGCAGCAGACAAGCAUGAGUUCCACAUUACCCGCGAUGAUACCGCACUCGUGAUAGUCUACAACCCCGUGCUCGGAGAUCUGAGCUCGGUUGGGGGAUCAACCGGGUGGAUCGUCGAUGGAAUCUUCCAGGAAAUCGAUGUUGAAAGUGGAGCUUUGCUUUUCGAAUGGCAUGCACUCCAGCACUUUCCGCUGAAUGUCACAUUCCACGACUCGAUAGCUGCGAAUUUAGAAGAUACCGCGUUUGACCACUUCCGUAUCAACAGCGUGGGAAAGGGUCCUUCUGGAAACUACUUGAUUUCAUCCCGCCACACGCAUUCAGUCGUCAGUAUUGAAAGCGUCAUCCGGGGAGGUGCUAUGGGUGCUAGGUGGAAGACUCAACGAGUUCCGAGAUAUGUCGGACGGAGCAGCCACAGACUUUUCAUGGCAGCAUGAUGCUUGCUGGCGGCCUAAUGACACGAUGGCUUUAUUUAUUAGUUCAGCCAAGUUUGAAAAUGACCUGAUGCCAGAAGCUCAAGGCGUUGCGCCCAAGGUCGAUGUCCCAGCGCGGCAGGUCUGGCUUCAGACCUCAUACCGGCAUCUCAACUAUGUCAAGUCCGGCUCACGAGGUAAUGUCGAUGUUCUGCUAAAUGGGAAUAUCCUCGUUGGCUGGGGACAUAGUGCUGCAUACACGCAGUACACACCCGAUGGCACGUCAGUAAUCAGCAAUAUGCAUUUCGGUCGUUUUACUCUUUUCUCCUUUAGGGUCACCAAUUCUUACCGAGUCUUUCAAAGGGUCUUUGGUUGGAAAAACCGCGUACAAAUCCCACUGCAGUUGUGGAUUGACGGCAGGUGUUUGUCAGUUGGAAUGGUGCAACAGAAGUUGCUAGUUGGAGCUUAGAAACGCUGGUCGAUGUUUCACACUCAAAGUCCCAUCCGGUCACCACAGUUGCCAAGAAGGGAUUUGAGACAAUUAUUGAUGUUCCUGCUGGGUCUGAGGGCCAGCAGAUUUCGUGUGGUUGCUCUCGGUCAACAGGGCCGUGAAAUUGGAACAUCCCAAACCUUCUGGGUGGAUCCACCGUCUAGAUGGCGAACGGCCCUGCGUUGUGUGGUAACAUUCAUUAUCAUACUGGCAGCUACAAAAGUGCUUCGUUUGUACUUUCGGAACUCCUAAUGCUAUACGGUAGAUCUUCCGGUCGAUCAAGACUUCAUAUGAGCCCC